AUGAGGAAGAAGAGUAACGCUGAAGAAAAACUGGCGGAAGCCAAUGAGCGUGCCAACACACUUGCUCAACAAUUAGAGCAAAGUGAACAGGCUCGCAAAAAGGCUGAGUCAGAUGCUGUUAGUGCUCGUGCAGAGGCUGAUAAGGCCAAGUCUGAUGCUGCUGGUGUCGAAGAUCUUCGGAGGAGACUUCAUGAUGCCGAAACUUCGCUGAGUGAACAUAUAACCGCUCAAUCUGCUCGCGAAGAGGCGAUCCUUAAACGCUUGAAGACACAGAGUCGCCGCUUCGUCGCUAGAACAGCUCAAGAGUUUCAACUUGAAGAACCCGUCAAUGAUCCUCUUCUCGACGCCCUGUCAUUUCUCGAGGUUCAUGGAUCAGAGGCACGCGAAGGCAUUGAUCAGGCCAAAGCAGGAUUGUCGCGGCUUUUUCCUUAUUUUUUCCCAAAGAAAGAGGAACCCGCAACUUUCCUUGAUCUCGCCAAGAGCUUCAAUUCAGCAGAAGACCUUGGACUGAAAAUGCGCCAAGAGAACAUGAAGGUUGCUGUCGAAAGUACUGUUGCCCUGGUUGCUGACAGCCGACAAACUAUUGAUUGGAUAAAGGUUGGCGACACCAAUCAAAUAGAACAGUCGAGGUGGAGGUCGCUGAUUAAGGCAGCCAAACCCAACACAAAGAAAAUCUUGGCAUAUCUCGGGAUCAAGCCACCCUCGACUCCCAGCUCAUCAAGGCCGGAGGUCUAGUUUCAUAUUCUUUUGCUUUGUUUUAGUUUAUCUCCUCCUUCUGGUACUGUCGCUGUAACGCUCCUGGCGACGAUUAGGUCGUGUGGAGUUCCUUCUUUUGUAAUAGAUAUGUAUAUACUACAAGAAUGAAUGGAAGUCGAACUUUUGUCUCAAUGAUUGAUGUCGACGUUUUUCUAUUUUUCAGUUGAUUUUUGACAAUUAUUCGCCAAUUCCUGAUCCUCCCGAAGUUUUUCCUUCAUCCCUUGCGAAGAAGUCUUCU